CGAUCUCAGCAAAACGACGCCAUUGUUGUUGCUAAUGCAUCUGCUAUAUCUCUCUGUUGUCAAUCAAUUUCUACCUUCGAUUUUGAACAUCGCUUGAGUUUUCAACAUGAUGUCAAGUAGUUAUGUUCAAGACAGGAUGUUUCACCAGGAUUUCACCCCUGCUGCCACUCCUGUCCCACGUCGACGUCCUUGUGUGUACCGCCCUGAACCCCUGUCCGCCCUCCCCACCUCCUACACCUCUGUCCCCGACCCAGCCCCUGUCUGUGUUUCUGUCAACAUCACCGGCCACGUUAUUAUGGUUGACACCGACUUUGUGGAGAUCGAUCUCGGCAAUGAGGAAGACACACAACCCCUCCCACCCCAGUCCUUCCUGAGGGCCUUGCUGUCCCGCUUCAUCCGUCUGGUCAAGAGAGUCUUCACCUCCAACAAAGACAACGUUUAAGUGACAUUUAACACCAUUCCCCAUUCUUCUUUUUCGGGACAUUUUGGCACAUGAAUUAACAAUAUUCCCUGUUUUCAUUCCCACUUGGUUGUUCUUUCGUUAGUAAAUCAUGAUGUUAUUGUUCUAAUUGUUGUUUGCUGCUGUAUUUUAUAUCAAAUGUAGAUGUCCGGUUACACAUCGAUCAAACACCAUCA